CGCGCAGGUAAGCAAAUCAUUUUGAAGGUGUUUCUAUUCUAGUUCAAUAUUUCAAUAGUACAGUCUCUGAUACAAAUUAACAACUUAAUUUUAAAACAAACAUUAAAUAAAACGAAUUACAUACGUAAUCCAAACUUUUCCGCUCCGCAGCAAUUUAGUUUACCUCCCGCUUAAUGUUUAACCAAAAUUUCAAUGGACCCUUUUUUCAUAGCAUUUUUGACCUUAAAAUAUAACUAUUUCGACCAUUUUCCAUACAAAAGCGUCAUUUUCGAACAAAAUUUCACAAAUUUCAAGAAAUGUUGAUUUCCAGGGCCGUAGCCAGUAUGGGUCGUGGGCUGGCGCAGCCAGCCCACGCGACUUUUGCGCCAGCCCAUACGGUUCUGGCGAAACAUUUUUCAAAAAACAAUUGUUCUUGUGUUUGGACGCGCUACCGUUUUUGUCCAAUUUUCGAUUAUUCGACAGUGUAAUAAUCAAGUUCAUUUCCAUGAAAUGUGAUCGUUGCCAAUGUAUACAGAACAUAAAAAUAUGAGUAGUCAAUAAACGAAAAAUAUUUUGUAAACAUUUGCAACGCAAUCACACUUCAUGGAAAUAAACUUGUUUAAUGCAUUGUCGAAAAUAAGGCAAAAACAACGGCGCGUUCAAACAUUAAAAAAGAUAGGAGAUAAAGAUUUAUUAUUAAAUAAGAAAAUAUGAGCCUUCAAUUGAAGUAUGAAAUUGCAAAUUCAAAUGCAAAUUCUCAUUCGUGAUUCGGUUUUCAAUUGAGCAACAUGAAACAAAAUAAGCAGGCGCGAAUUAGCGAUUUGUUUGGGAAAAACACAUCACAAAAUGCUGCUGUUUCAAAUGACAAUACUGAAAGUGCGACGUCGUCUUCAACAAAUGUGCGUAAUAUUCCGCAAACGGUCGAGCUGGUACAGCCGGAACCAACCGAUAUUUCAAAAAUUGGUGCAGAAUACAAAAAGCAAGUUUUCCAAACGAAAAAAUUUCCAAAAGACAAAGACAACCGAAGUUUUCAGCCACGAUGGACAGAUAGAUACGAUUGGAUUGAAUAUUCUGGGCAAGUCGAUGCCGUUUAUUGUUUUGCUUGCAGACAAUUUGGAAAAUCCACAACAAAAGAUGAUGUAUUCAUGAAAACUGGUUUCAAGUCAUGGAAAUUGGCUCUUCAAAAGGGCAAAGGCUUUGAUAAACACAACGAAUCUACACAGCAUAAAGAAAAUUUAGCGUCAUGGAGAGAAAAAGAGGCACGUAGUCAAAAUUCAACUCAAAUUUCGCGUCUCUUAUCGAACGAUGUUAUUGAAAAACGACAGUAUUAUGUGAAAUCAUUAAUCCGUAUUGUUAAAUUUCUCGCAUCACAUGAACUGCCAUUUCGAGCUAAUUAUGAUGUCGAUACGCACAAAGAAAUUGGUCUCUUCACAGAGCUACUCGAAUUCACAAUGCAAACAGAUGAAAAGUUAAAAGAAUGCUCAGCUGUCAUACCGAAAAACGCCAUGUACACAUCACCUGAUAUACAAAACGAGCUGAUUGCAAUAAUGGUUGAAAUAGUGCGCGAACAAAUCAUUGCUGAAGUGAAUGCUGCAGAUGGAUUCACUCUAUUGGUGGAUGGUACUAAAGACAAAAACAAAAAUGAAAUAAUUUCAAUUGCAGCACGAUAUGUGCUUAAUUCAAAACCAAAGGAAUCUUUAAUAUCUUUCGAGAAAAGUGACAGUCUUUGUGCCGAUCCAAUGGCAAAUUUUAUUUUGGUGAAAUUAAAAGAGUUCAAGUUGGAACUCAUAAAACUACUUUGCCAAUGCUAUGAUGGUGCCAGCGUAAUGAGUGGUGAACACGGUGGAAUUCAAACGAUCAUUCAACAAAAAUUGGGACGAACCAUUCCGUACGUUCAUUGCAUGAAUCAUCGUUUACAUCUGGUUGUGAUUGCUGCAAUCGAAGAUAUUCACGAACCGUCAUUGUUUUUUGGUCAAAUCAAAAUAAUAUAUAAUUUUUUUUCGCGAUGGAAAGUAAAACAAGUAUACGAAGGAACCAAAAUUUCUAAAGUGAUUCAGACACGAUGGUCAGGCCAUAAGCGUGCGAUUGAUGCUGUUUUUAACAACUACACAGAGAUUGUCAACGCAUUGCAUGAAAUCAAAUCGGGAACAAAAUUUAAAUUUGACGGUGAAGAUAUGGCACUCGCUAUUGGAAUAUUAAACGCAAUUCAGCAAUAUGAUUUUUUGUUCAUGCUCUUGUUUUUGAAAAGGGUAUUGGAUGUUUUGGAACCAGCAAAUAAAAUGUUGCAGUCACGUGAAAUGAGCUAUGUAACAGCAUUACCAUUGAUUAAUUUUACUAUCGACGAAUUGAAAAAGUUGCAAAGUGAAGAAAGUCUCCAUGAAAUCGAAAAAAAAACUGACGAGUUUAUUUCUGCAAAUAAUUUAUCGCCGAUUCGAACAAACCGAGCUACACGACCAUCAGUAUUGUUAUCGGAAUAUGUAGUAACAGAAACAACAGGCCAAAGAAAUCCCGACCAAAUAAAAAAUGUAUACGCUGAAGUCAUAAAUGUGUUGAUAAAAGAAAUGGAGCGUCGAUUCAACGAAAACGAUACGAUUUUGCAAGCAAUAAGCACAUCAAAUGAAAUGAAUCUAAAAUCACUCGAGCCGCUUUCAUCAAUUGGUAUUGAAAUGCCAAGCGAAGCCGAAAUGGAAAUAGCAAAAUCAUUCGUUGAGAAGAAUAAGAGUGUUGAAGGAAAGGAUGAAGCUACAAUAUUGACUUUGCUUGAACCAGUAAAAACUGCUUUCCCAAAUGUUUACAAACUGUAUUGUUUAAUCUAUACAUUUGCAUGUAGCACUGCAAUUUGCGAAUCGUCAUUCUCCGCGCUAUCGAGAGUCGAUAUUGUCAAACGGUCAUCGAUGAAUAGCAAACGUUUAUGCGACCUUUCAUUUUUAGCUUACAAUAAACAGAUUUUGAACGAAGUGAGCGAUGAAGCAAUUAUGCAAAAAUUCAGUAAAGAUAGUCGACGUAUAAUGUUUUAAAUCGAUUUCAAUUCUCCAUAUCAGAACAAAAUGUUAAAGUAAAGCGAAAUAAUUAACUGAUCAAGUAAACAAAACAAAACAAAUAUAACAGAAUGAAAACUUUCAGAUAAUAUUAGUACUGGAUAUCAUUGUGGUUUCAAUACAUAAAUAAAAUUUAACUCUGAAACAA